UUCUGCACUCUGGAGAGAGCCCUGAGGGUGAACAUCCUCACCACCGAGGACAUGGCUGUCGACCCAGCCCAGAUGGAUUUCUGGGAUGGGAUGGAGUCCGUGUUCAUGAUGCCCAGCGUCACCCCUGCAGAGAGAAAGGCUGUCUGGGAUGCAGUGGCUGGCUAUGUCCAACAACAGAUGUUGCUGCACAAGGGGAUCCGGAUUCCCACCCUUGGGUCCUUUGAUGUGGUCCACACAGAAACCCUGGUGGGGAACAAGACAGUGAUCCUGCAGACUCCAGUGUUCCACCUGGCCAGGAAUCUUGGAGGAGUCCAGAACCUGGAAAAUAAGGAUGACCUGGCUGGAGGAAAGCAGCUGGAGCCUCUGAAAUAUGCCAAGGUGGCCAUGAAGGCCUCUGUGUCCCGGAGGAAAGUGGAGUGCUGCAUCCUCGGCACCACGUCCCUGCUGUACCACUGCCUGGAGAAGGGCGUGAGUGUCGCCUUUGUCCUGAGGGACGUGGGCGUGCUCCUCAUCGAAGGCAGCAUGGUGCAAAUGAGAUUCUACCUGGACUUCCUGGAGAAGGUGAUUGGGAAGAGGAUCCAGGACAGGGCUAUACUCAAGGCUCUCCAGCAGCUGGACAUGGUGGUGUCCCAGGAGGUACCCAUUGCUUCCCUGAGCUUCACCGGCCGUAUCAUCAUCUUUCCCAACUUUGAAGAGACAUUUCAGCCCACAUCGCUGCCCAGGGAUUAUCUCAAGGACUUUGGAUUUGUUCCUGGGGAGGACAAGAUGAACAAAAUGGGUUUGACAUCCAUCAGGCAAGGCAUGGAAGGGAGGUUUCCUGGCCUGCCCGUGCCUGCUCACCAGGGUUCCACUGCCAAGGCAGGAGAGCAGCCCUGGCAUGAGAAGGAGAUGGAGAUAAGGCACAACUCUCGGGUCAGGGAGCUGCCAGGGACCCCAGGGGCUGCUGCUGGAAGAAAGCAGCCUGUGACUGACCAAGCCAAGGGCAAAACUGUGCCCAAGGGCCAAGUGCCACAGCAGAGCAACAAAGAGGCAGCAACAGCUCAGAGGGGCAGAGGAGGAAGAGCAGAAAGAAAAGAUUCUCUGAGGACAGAGGGAGAAAAGGAAGUUCAGCUUGGAAGAAUUCAAGUUCCUCUUGGAAGAGAAGGAGAAAGGGAAGCCCCUCUUGGGAGCCCAUCAGUGCCAUGGAGUGCCCAGGCCAGGAAGCCUCAGGACUCCAAGAUGUUCAUCCGGCAGCGGCCGGGGGCCGAGGCAGCGCAGGGCCUGCGAGCCAGGCCCGAGUCCUUCUGGUCAGUGCUCAAGGAGCCCCAGAAGAGCAUUUUGGCAGGCUACAGCUUUGAAUCCUCCCACCUGCUGCCCCCCCUGCCCGGGGGCACUGUGCCUUCGAAGGUGCCCAUGCUGAAGAAGAGAGAAAUGGUCUCCAGGGGCCCGUGGCCCUGGGUGGAGUGA